AAAUCAAUUUUAUUUCAAAAUUGAAAGAAAAAGGGAAGGAGAGAAAGAUCUCAUCUAAAUCCUUGGAGAUAUUUAACUGAAUCACAAUUGCUGCAAAAGGGAAAAAUUCCGCCAUGACAGCUCUUCAAGCUUCCACUUCUUACAGCGUCGGUUUCGCCAUUUCAUCCGCCGCACCGCCACCGCUGCCUUCGCGCCACCUCCGCCAUGGCGUCGUCGCUAAAGUUGAGCCAACGGAGAAAUCAGUUGAGGUAAUGAGGAAAUUCUCGGAGCAGUACGCUCGGAGAUCCGGCACGUAUUUCUGUGUCGAUAAAGGUGUCACCUCUGUUGUCAUCAAGGGAUUGGCUGACCACAAGGAUUCACUGGGUGCCCCCCUCUGCCCUUGCAGGCACUAUGAUGAUAAGGCUGCUGAGGCACAACAAGGUUUUUGGAACUGUCCAUGUGUUCCUAUGAGAGAAAGGAAGGAAUGCCACUGCAUGCUUUUCCUCACCCCUGAUAAUGACUUUGCUGGCCAGGAACAGGUCAUUUCAAUGGAAGAGAUCAGAGAAACCACAGCUAAUAUGUAAUGCCCAUCUCUCUGUAUUCUUUUUGUUUAAAUAGCUGACAAGUGUAUGUAAAUCUGUAUCAUAAUUAAGACAACAUUACAUUCUUGUUCUCAAACACCGUUACCCUGUUAGCAAUUGGAUUCUCUUAUAU